UAUUCUGAUAUAUUAAAGCUCAUUAUGUAGGCAAUGAUAUAUAUAGGUAUUUAGCAAUAUGUAUCCUGAGAUGACGUAAAUAUAUGUCCUGUUUGUACUAUCGAUUAUAUUUAUUAUACAAAGCAAAACAUAAUGCUAAGGAUUUUGUAGUUUUUGAGCAAAUACUGCAUAAAAUAUUCAAUACUAAAAGGGGUGAAAAUCUGCUCUAUUUUUUUCUAAUAUAUCUCAAUCGAUGCUGCAGAAUGUGACACAAAAAUGAUAGGAGUAGUUUAGCGUCUUCGUGACACAAAAAUGCAUUGCAUGACUGGUCUAUUGUAUAUGUCAUCCAUGACUUCAUAUUACAAGUAGUGUUGGAAGGGGUGAGCGGUAACGGUACUUGAUAGAUGAUAAUAAUUUUAUGAAAUAAAAUAGCGGUGGGGUAGGGAAUUUGUUUAGGAUGUUGUAAUCUAUUUAAUUUAUAUCUUUUAAUGAAGAUUUAAUACGCGUGGUGAAUGGUGUUUUUCUAUAGUUAAUACAUAAUCAAGUGCUACGUGCAAAUUCAACACGCCACGUGACUGCAUGCUUUUUAUACAGUUUCGGAUACAUAGGUUAAGAAAGAGGCAUUUUAGCCGGUUGGCGGGAGAUGAACUUUGUCUUUAACUAUUACAAUUUCUUUGCAUAAAAAAAUGGAAUUCGACUUGUGGUUCAAUUUCGUGCCAAUUUUUUCCGUCAUUUUGUUAACAGUGGUCACAAUUAUCACUGUUGUUCAAAAACUGAAAUUGAGGUGGCCGGUACAAGUAAACUGCUGGUUUUGCAACACUAAUACUAAGAUUUGGCGGCAACAGCUAAAUUGGUGGAUGUGUCCACAUUGUGAACAGUAUAAUGGUUUCUCUAAGAAUGGUGAUUACGCAUAUAAUAUACCAGAACAAUAUAAAACCUCGGCUAACGAAAACAAAAGAUACUGUACAGUGAGGCAGGAUACAUUGGCCAAUAAAGUUGCAAACAACGAUCUUUGUGCACAGUGUAACAUUAAGGAAACGUUAAAAAUAUCCAAAUUGUCUAAAUAUGUACCUACAAGUGAAAGAAAUUAUGAGUAUGAAAUAAAACAGUUCAAAGAUAGUUUAGAACAACAAUACCCAUUAUGUGCAAAUUGUAAAAUUACAGUACAUAAUGUAUUAAGGAAACAAGCAUUAUGGCUUGCUGAAUAUAAAAUGUUAUUCUUUAAGAAGAAACCUUUUAAUGUAAUUAUUAAUAGUACAAAAUAUUCUGAACCAGUAUGCAGAACAAUUUCAACGAUAUUAAGUUCUAUGAUAGCAUAUAAUAUGGAUUUUGUAUAUUUACCAAUUGGAGGAUUAUUUUUCCAAGUCUGUGCUCAUUGGUCAAGCUCUUCAAGAAAACGAAAUUCUGAUACAUUUCUUAUAUUCUUUUGGAUUUGUAUGAUUGUACUUUUACCUUUUAAAGAUGCAAAAUUGAUUAAAACAGAUUUACAGAAUGCAUGGUUUUCUCUUGAAUACAUAACAAGUUAUCAUAUGAUAAUGUUAUUUAUCUUGGCUAUAGGCUUUACCAAUAUUAAGCCUAAAUCUCAUAAAAGUACAAUAAAUAAAAAUAUGUCAUUCAAAAAAAUUGAAUCUUCCACAAAGGAUACAACACUGCCUGAUUUAUACACAAAUGUUUUAAAUGAACAUAAUUUUAAUUCUAAAGCUGCCAAUGAUUUAAAUAAAACAAUUACUAAUGAAUCAUUGUUCUCAUCAAAUACAACAAAACAAACGCCUUUUUACACUGAAAAUUCAGUGAACUCAAAAGUUACAUCUUUUCAAACUCCAUUUCAAAAUCACGAAUCACAGUUAUCAUCUGCCAAGGACAGUAAUGCAAUAUUUAAUUCCGUACUUUCAAAUAAAAAAAGUGUGAUAGAAAACUUUUCACUGAACGAUAGUCUGAGCACAUUAAGUAUGUUAUCGUUAAGUGAAGAUAAACCUAAAUAUACAAUUAAAGCACCCAAGAUUUUUGAAAAGAAAGUGUAUGGUACAAACAGUCUUGAACUCUUCAGAAAGGCUAAUAAAAGGAACAUUUUAUCGCCACCGAAAUUAAAAUCAUUUACGCAAACAUCAUGGGUAGCUGGUGGUUAUUGGCAGGAAGAUAUUGAUGUGCCACCAUUGUCUAGAUCAUCCAGUCAAAGCUCUGGCUUUGGCUCUACGUGUUCUAAUUUCGCUCCAUCCAGAGAACCGUCUGUACAUGAAUUCGAUCAGUGUUCAGUUAUGUCAGAUGUAACGCAAUCUUGUUCUACUUUGAGACAAAAUAAUAUUCAUCCUGUUGGAUCUUUUAAUCAACAGAAUGCAUACUUCUCAUUUCCAGAACCAAAAAGUUUAGUUAGUAAUCAAACAAUGAGAUGUGCGUCGCCGAAUUUUUAUGCAUCACAGUCAUUUUUACUGCCCGAGGCUUAUAAAAAGAAUAAUUCAGUUUUUAUCGAUCAAUCAUUACAAGGACAAAACGUGAACGUAAGUGAUAUCAAAAAUCCUUCUGAAAUUCAAAUGUUUCCUAGUCAUACCACUAUCGUAACAAGUCCUGUUUGGUUGCCGGCUCUUUUAUGUGGUUCACUUGUACUAAAUAUAGUGGUAUUGUGUACUACUUUGUUACGUUGAACAGGGUACAAAUCAUACUUUUUUCCGUUAUUCUUCCUUAAUUCAUAUUUGCCGUGUAUACGUAUUUUAGUUAUCAAUCAAAUAUUACAUUGAUUACCGUUUUAGUGAAUAAUUAUUUUUUAAUAAUUAGUAAUUAAUUAGUGAAAUGGAAAUAUUUCACUCUGUUAACGAAUAGAUGCUGUAUACUGCCAGUGUAAAGUUUUCUAUUAUCACAAAUUUUUGUUAAUAUUCAUUUAUUUGCUGUAAGUCAUUGUAAGUAGAUAUUAUUUUUUUAUUUGUAUUUGUAUAAAAUAUAAAGUUUUUGACAAUAAUCCGAGUAUUAAGUUAAACGUAAAAUAAUGAAAAAUGAAAUAUUGAUUUGACGAAACAUUUGUAUGACAUUCGAAAUUGUCGAACUUGUGAUAAAAAAAAUGUUCUCCGUGUGUGUUCAUUAGUAAGAUAUAUACAUAGUCCACAAAUUUAAGAAUUAAGAUUUAAGAAGAUAAUAUGAAAUUAUGUUCUUUAUAUUAAUGAUUCUCCACUUUUUA